CAACGUUUUGAGUUCAUUAUAGGUAUGAUCCAUUCUAUAAUAGUAAUGGGUUUUAUCCCAUUUGGAAAGAAUUGGAAAUAAGAGUAGAACUUUUCGACAGCAGUCUUUUGAAUAAAAUAUUUUCGUUUAAUGUUGUAAACAUAUUUGUUUUACACAGGACAAUACCAUUACGACGAAGUCAAAAGCAAUCGAAUAAAGUUUAUUGAUACGAGAUUCUCUGAACGGAAGUUAUAUAAACAAACACAGUGACUAAAAUGGCGGGUUCUGCAUUGCUAGUGGUUGCAUUGGACUUUGGUACAACAUACAGUGGUUAUGCCUUCUCGUUCCGGGACAACCCGUUAAACGUACAGACUAAUAAAGGAUGGAUUGCUGGAAGCGAUCAGCUUAUAUCCUUGAAAACACCAACGUGUGUUCUACUCAAUCCAUUUGAGCAGUUUGACUCAUUUGGAUAUGAAGCAGAAAAUAAAUUUUGCUACCCUUGCCGAAGACGAAAUUAUAUAUAUAUGCAGGAUCUAUCAAGAUCGACUACCGUUAACGACAUAAACGGAAGAUCAAUGCCAGCAAUGAGAAUCUUUACAAUGUCAAUAAAGUAUCUGAAACAACAUUUCACUACGACGAUCAACAAACAAAAGACCGGGAUAGUUGACACAGACAUACUGUAUGUUUUAACUGUACCUGCCAUAUGGAAUGAUAAUGCAAAGCAAUUCAUGCGUGAAGCAGCAGAAAAGACAAUUUCUACAGAUGUAAAGGAGUCAUGGUCUAAAGCAGGGAGACAAUACAUGGUGAUCGAUCUUGGAGGUACUGCAGAUAUAUCAGUACAUGAGAAACAAAUCGAUGACACAUUAAAGGAACUCCAUAAAGCAAGUGGUGGUCCGUGGGGAGGAAUAAUUGUUGACAACAACUAUUUAGAAUGGCUGACUAAGAUAUUCGGGAAUACCACAAUGCAAAAAUUUAAAAGUAAGCAAAUGGAAGACUACUUUCAAAUGCUUAGGGAUUUCGAAAUAAAAAAGCGUUCUGUCACUCCCGAAUUAAAGGGGAAAUUUACAUUUAGACUGUUUUCAUCAAUAAAAGAGCUUUAUCAGGAGAGUAACAUGCCUCCAUUAGGGAAAAGAGUUGCCGAUCUUGGAUUGUCCGGAAUGGUUACAUUUACUGGCGACAAAAUGAGAGUUGACGUUUCUGUCGUUAAACAAUGGUUUGAGGCUCCGAUAAAUAGCGUGAUUGAGCAUGUACAAAAUAUUCUUGCAAAACAGAAUAUGCAAAAAGUCGAAACAAUUCUUUUAGUUGGUGGGUUUGGGGAGUGUGAAUUAGUCAAAUACAUUAUCCAGAGAGAAUUAAAGUACAAGGAAAUCAUUACCCCAGAAGAGGCAGGUCUUGUUGUUCUCAAAGGUGCAGUGCGGUUUGGACAUUAUCAGGAUACUGUACGUUCAAGAAUAAUGACCCACACUUACGGGAUGGCUACCUUUCAAAAUUUUGAUGAGCAAAAACAUAAAAAUGCAGAAGUAAAAUUUAUAAAUGGUAAGAAAAAGGCUUGCAAUGUCCCAAGAACAAUUAUACAGGCUGGAGAAGAGGUUAAUAUUGGGAAAAUUAUUUCUAAAGGUCCAUUCACGCCAUCUGACCCUGAUGAAACGAAUAUAAUGGUAUAUUGUACAGAAGAAAUUGAUCCUGAAUACACAACAGACAAUGGCUGCAAACACAUAGGAACGCUAAGAGUAGCACAUUCAAAUGGCAGAUCGAAAGAGGAUAAUCAACUAGAAACCUCGUUCAUAUUUGGUGAUACUGAACUUCUCGUGAAAGCUGUUAAUGUCAGAACAAAAGAAGAAUUUUCUACGUAUAUGGACUGUCUACAAAAAGUGUAUACAUAAAACAAAACAUAUGCUAUUCUACAAAUGAAUAAUACUUUAGCAUGCAAUUUAUUGCAAACGUUGAUAUGAAUGCAUAUAUUACAUAAUUGCAAAAACUUGGUAGAAAUGAAUAAUUUAUCCCUAGUAAAAAAAGUUGUGAUGAUAUAUUUCUCAUAUAUUCUCUUUAUUUGUAUGAUAGUCAAGAAGAAACAAUUAAUCCAAUAGUUCAGCCUUAAACGUGAACUGUAGAAUGACGCUUUCCAAGCAACG